UGAAAACAACGCUGGAUGUGAGAGAAAGAGAGAGAGAGAGAGAGACGAGAGGAGGAGGAGCGUUGUCAUCGAGAUGUCCUUCAUCUCAGCUCGAGUGCAUUCAGAUCAGACCGGAUCUGAACACAGACGAUCACAGCAAAGUCUCAGUGAAAAUGGGCGUGUCUACAAUGCUACUCUGCCUCGCACACCUCGCAAGUUUAUUGGCUGCCUCUGUGAUGAGUCAUGAAGGGGCGUGUCUACAGGAUGGUCAACACAAGGCCACGCCCAGUCCAGAGUCACACCUGAAGGAGUGUUCUCUCUACAGGGAGAAUUCAUGUUGUACUCAGAGUCACAUUCAGGAUCUUACUGGCUCUCGGGUUGAUUCUGGAUGGGAUAAAUGUGGUCAUCUGUCUCCACUCUGCGAGUCUUUCCUUAAGCGUGUCUCCUGCUUUUACCGCUGUUCACCUGAUGCCUCCCGGUGGCCACACCCACACAGUGACUCCUCCCUGAAGGCGGUGCCUCUAUGCCACAGCUUCUGCAAAGAGUGGUUUGAAGCCUGUAAAACAGACAUGACGUGUGCUCGCGACUGGACCACUGACCCACAAGGUCAGAACUGUACCGGCAACUGUGUACCGUACCAGCAGAUGUAUCAGCACGGUCGAGACCUCUGUGAGAGUCUUUGGGGAGAUGCUUUCAUGACUGUCGAGGAUGAUCCCGGGGAGGAAGACGGGGUCGAAGGUAAUAGCUGCGGUUGUCUGAACCUCAGCCCCUCGGAUCGAGAUGUGAUCGCGGCCCUGAGAGCUCAGCAGGGUGAUCCAGAAGAAUUGGACACCACCAAGAGCGGCCUGCCCCAGUACAGAGCUCCCUGUCCCCUGGCACGACCUGAGAUACGCAGCGCAACGGCGCCACCUCGCGCCCGGAGGAGUAACAUCAACUCAGUGCUGCGCAAACGCUCUGUACUGACCGCUGAUAUGGAAGGGAGUGGAAGUGGAUUCUAGAAUGACUCUAGAUCCGCUAACCUAUUAAUGUCCUAAAACACAGGAUAGAAACCUCCUAAAAAGUAGGUUAUAAUUACAUACCAAACAUUUGAUUUUCACAGAAAUGCAUCACAUUACACAAGUUAAGGGGAUAGUUCACCCCAAAAUAAAAUCAUUAUUUACUCAC